UACCCCAUUAUCUCAUUGUCUUCCGAGACAUCUCCGAGUCGAACCGAGACGUAAACUGACGAGACUGACGCGAUCGUCAUUUUCCGAUUAUUUAUCGAUUGAUCAUCGGAAAAACUUUGUUAUUUGUUACUAUGACAACAUGUCAAAGGGGAAGCAGCAUCAUAACAAGAUGGCGGUCGGCGAAGAAAGCGGUCUAAAACGCGUUGAGCAGCUUAUAAAGACAGCUAUAGCUUUAGGAAACACUACAAUUGACUUAGGAAGUAAAAAUCUUACAGAAAUACCAUCUGAGAUUCUAGACUUACCGCAAUUGGAGUUUCUGUAUUUGGAGGGAAACAAAAUAACGGCUUUUCCUGAAGGAUUCUUUGAGAAUCUACCUAAUCUAAAAUGGUUGGACGUGAGAAAUAAUCGUAUCAGUGAAAUACCAACUUCAGUAGGAUCACACAGAUGUCUAAGGAAUCUUCUUCUUGAAGGAAACGAAAUUAAAGAACUUCCUCUAGAGCUAGGGUUUGCUAAAUGUUUAAGUGGCUUAAAUCUGACAUCGAAUCCCUUGGAGAUGCCUCCCUCGCAAGUUCUAGAGAGAGGAACACAGGAGGUAUUAAAGUUUCUCAGAGAAAAGUAUGCAGAAAAAAUGGGUCUUAAUGGCCAGGAAAGUUUCUUGAAAGAAGUGUCGCAGUCCUCAAGUGAAGAAGAUUUGGGCUAUGGCAGCAGAGAUUAUCAAAUUGCCAUUGUCCCUGAUGAAGAAAAAGAGCUGGUUAAAGAUGAAGGGGUGAAGGUUGAAAGGGUCAAACUGCCACCGAUAUUCCAGGCAGCAGCAGAAAGAUCACGGAAUAGAACUUUCCACGAAAACGAGAAUGUACUGAGAGGACUAAAAUCCAAGCAAUUUGAGCCCAAUACAACUAAAAAUAAUUUUCAAGUUAGUGAACCAGAGGUUAGUUUAAAAUCUCCUAAGAGACAGAGGAAGGAGAUACCAAGAGGAAAUUCACCACAGAAAGAAUUAUUUGCAUCACUGGAAGAAAGAAAAAGAAAGGACAAUUUCAGUGGUGCAAGGAGUAAAAAACAUAGUGACUCUAGCAUCAGGCAAAGCUUAGAGUCACAGAAAUCAGAACGAAAAGCUGAGCAUGGUGCAAAACCAAGUGUACAUGCUAAGCAUGCUAAGAGAAGAAAGUCAAGAGGACAAAGCCCCACUAAGAAUACUGAACAGAAUUUCAAAACAAAAGAUAGCAAGCCACAUCAUUUAGCAUUGAGCCAUGAUACUCAAGCUGUAAAUCAUAAGCCAUCUCAUCGCAAGCCAGACAAUCCAUUUAUUGAGACACAAAACAGCAGUGAUAGAGACAAUACGAUAAAAGAAAUCACUUUGAAAACCAGUGACAUGAAUGUGGAUGAGAGAAUUGCCAUGCCACAAAACUAUCAAGAGACAAGCAAAAAAAUUCAUCCUGGUGAAAUAGAAAGUGCAAUACAUGCUCCGUUCUCGUUAAAGCUAAAUGAAGGUGAUUUCAUAGCAAUCCAAGUGCCUGACAAGCUCUACAUAAAGGGGCAGCCAUGCUUGGGCAAGAUAACCUCCACAGCUGACAGACUUGGAUUAUUGACAGUCCACUACUACACAGGGAUAUAUGAUGGGUGCUGGCGACCUAUGAUGAGUAGGACAAGCCCCUAUCUGAGAAAAGUUCCUGAGGCUAGCGUGCUGUGUAAAUUCAAAUUAUCUAGUGAUGGCAGGAUGAGUCCUAUCACUAGGAACAAAGUGAGAAAAAUCAUUGAUGGCGAAUGAAGUUUACAAGAGAAUUGUAUUCACAGUGAUAAACGAAUUCCAAAGAAUUCCAUCACUAUAACAUGCAUGCAUGACUUCCAGACCACCUACUCUAUAAGAUGUGCUUUUUACAGUCUUUCUAGAUCUACUCUGUAAAAAUGGAUAUUAGUUGCUGCAAAUUAAUAUUUUUAAAAAGUAUUUUUUAGCAUUCAACAGACUUUAUUUAUGAGCAUAAGACAAAUACUGUAAUAUCUUUAGAAAUCGUUGGAUAUUGAUACAGUAUGAUUGAAAAAUUUAUAUAGAUAUUUUUAUUGAUAUUGUAGAUAGGGCAUAUAAACAUAUUAUAAUUUCAUUGUAUUUUUAUGAGCACUGAGCACCAAUAAAUAAUUAAUAUUAUAGAAGGCAGAAUGUGUAGUUAUUUAGCUAAUAAUAUCCUGCAUUUUCCAUGUGCACUUAGCCUUCUCCCUCACCCAUCAAAAAUAAACAACUCAGUGGUAAGUAUUGACUUCUAGAGUAACCAAUAAAGCUCCCAGAAAAGUACAGACUUAUUGAUAUUUUCUCAUGUGUACAUUGAUUACAACAUAAAACAGUAUGGAUUAAGUCAAAUCCCAUAACAAAAUGAUAUAUGC